UGUGUUUGCAGUUGCUCAAAACCAGUGAUUAGAACAUAAAGUGUUACAGCAAAAGAGUAGCAGCUUCCCACCAUUCGUUCCAAAUCUGUGGAGCCAUCUGUCAGUAAAACAGGAAGGCAUGGGUUCCCUUUCUCUCCUGGGCUUGUUUCGCUAUUUUAGGGAGAUUCACUUCUCCCUAUGUAGGGGCUAACUGAAGAAAUUGGUUACUGCCACAUCUUGAAGUGAGGGACAGAGUCUAAAGCUGCUGUUCUGCCCAUCUGCUACUACAUGAGGAAUAUUCAUUAUUAAUCGAGGCAGAGCUGUGCUGCUCAAAUAUGCAGUCCUGCUUGGGAAACAAACAGAAUAUGGAAACUGAAGAGGCACAGGACAUUUCCCAGCUGUCAGGUGAGACAGGGAGUAAAGAAGCUCUUUCUGUAAGUGAUCAAGAAGAGUUAGAGCAGAUGCCUGUCCCAGAAGAUCUGUCCACCAGCUCAGGGGGGCAGAACAACCUACAGGGUGAGAGGGUCAUUGCAAAUUCUAUUAAAAUUGAAACUCCGAGUGAUGAAGAGAAUGGGAGAACCUGUGACACAAAUGGUGAAGAGUGUGCUGAAGACUUACGCAUGAUAGAUACUUCUGUGACAAAAUUGAACGGACCACACAAUGGCCAAGGCAACAAAGCAUUUACUGGAGUUGGUGGCAUUCGACUUCCAAAUGGCAAGCUGAAGUGUGAUAUCUGUGGAAUAAUUUGCAUUGGCCCAAAUGUCCUCAUGGUGCACAAACGUAGCCACACUGGGGAGCGCCCCUUCCAAUGCAAUCAGUGUGGCGCAUCUUUUACUCAGAAAGGCAAUCUACUUCGCCACAUUAAGUUGCACUCUGGUGAAAAGCCAUUCAAGUGCCAUCUUUGCAACUAUGCCUGUCGCCGUAGGGAUGCACUCACAGGUCAUCUGCGGACUCAUUCUGUUGGAAAGCCUCACAAAUGUAGCUAUUGUGGGAGAAGCUACAAGCAACGCAGCUCACUCGAAGAACACAAAGAACGUUGCCACAAUUACUUGCAAACCAUGGGACUGCAUAGUGGUAUUUACUCAGUGAAAGAAGACAACAAAUCACAUGAUUUAACUGAAGGAGUGUGCAAGAUGGGAUCAGAAAGAGCUAUGGUACUGGACAGACUUGCAAGCAAUGUUGCAAAACGCAAAAGUUCAAUGCCACAAAAGUUUGUUGGUGAAAAGAAGCUGCAGCUUGAUAUUUCAGAGCUUCAGUAUGACGCUAAUUCAAAUUAUGAAAAGGAGAGUGAGAUGAUGCAGACUCAUGUUUUGGAUCAAGCAAUUAACAAUGCUAUCAAUUAUCUAGGGGCUGAGUCCUUGCGUCCUCUUGUCCAAACUCCUGCUGGAGGCUCUGAAGUGAUACCGGUAAUAAGCAACAUGUACACCAUGCAUAAAACCCAUUCAGAUACACAGAGUCAUACUAACAAUGCCACAAGCCAAGAUGGUGCCGUAGAAAAUGUAAUGCUUAUUUCGAAAACAAAAUCACAGUCAUCAGAAAGAGAACCAUCUCCAAACAACAGCUGCCCAGAUUCCACAGAUACAGAGAGCAACAAUGAAGAACGAAACAACCUGAUUUACCUGACAAAUCAUGUAGCUCCACAGGCAAAAAAUGGCUUACCUUUAAUAAAAGAAGAUCUUAGAUCUUAUGACAUUAUGAGAGCAGGUAUGGAACCUAAUCAAGAAAUCAUCAAAGUGAUUAGUAGUGAUGGAGAACAUGUGAAAGUUUAUAAAUGUGAACACUGCAGGGUACUUUUCCUGGAUCAUGUGAUGUUUACAAUACACAUGGGGUGCCAUGGAUUCCGUGACCCCUUUGAAUGCAACAUGUGUGGGUACCGAAGCCAGGAUAGAUAUGAAUUCUCUUCACACAUAACAAGAGGAGAACAUCGUUUUCAUAUGAACUAAUGAACUAUUUCAAUCUACAUUUGGACAUUCUUUUCCCUUUUAUGUGAUUAACUACAAUUUACUCAAAAAAUAAAAGAAGAAAGAGAAAACCAAAAUCAUUAGCCUUUUUGUAUAUUUUUCAUUUAUCCUUCUUCUUAAAACUGUUAUUUGCAAGAUGUGGACAGAGUUUUAUAUGACAGAUCAUAUCACCAGACCUCUCAGAAUCAAUACAUCUGAAGGAGAGUUCUUUGAGAUUGUAUUUAAUCAUUUUUGACACUUAAAUUAUUUGCUUAUUGUUUAUGAUCUAACUGAAAUGUAUAUGUGAACAGUUGAUCACAAACCUCAAACUAAUGGGUUAGAGCUUGCAUUUUUAUUACUGUAGUUUGCAACAAGCGGUACUAGAAUUUUUAAACAGUUUAAAGCUUUUUAGUCUAGCAACUUUUAUAAAAAGCUUUGAUAGAUGUGUGUGAAUCAGUGUUGUAAAUUGUAGAAUUGGCACUCUAUAUAUGGUCUUGUUUCUUUGGCUGUGCUCCCUUUUGUAAUAAAUACCAGCUAAAACUUGAGAGCUUCAAUAAGAUACUAUUUGCAUUUUGACCUGUUAAAACUGAGUCGUAUCUACGUAGUAUCUUGAGGUUCAUCGUUUACACAGAAAUUGUGCCUAAUAUGUUGGUUACAUUAUUGGAAACAGUUUUCUGACAAAAAAAAUUGUUACUUUUCAUUGAUUCUAUAAAUGUACACGUAUUUUCUAAUGUUUAUCUUUUAUUUCAAAUCCAAUAGGUUUGUUUUAUUUAUUACAUUAAUUGUUAGAUUUUAAAUUGGAUUUAUCACCUUAUGUUUCUAAAUGAAAUAUUGAUGGGUAGUUGCUAUUUCUUUGACACAGAAAACUUAUAUAUAUAUGUUAAUUUAAAAAUGAAGUUAAAGUUUCUCAAUCUUCAGACUUGUUUCAUAGAAUUGGCGCAGUACGGUGAACAUUCUCAAAAUUAAAUAAACAAGAUACUUCUAUACUGUUGCUAAUGUUAAAUUAUAAUCUUAAAAUAUGGCACCAUAUAUGGAGAUAUUUCACCUAUUAUGCAUGUAUCAACUGUCUGAAGAAUUAUUGGCAUUUUCCUAUUUCCAUACCCUUUUCCUUCUCUUUUGAAUAUUUACUCACUUUUCUUUUAAAAGGCAUCACAGAUUUUGAGUCCUUCCAGUGUUGCUGGUAUGAAAUUAUAUGUCCUAAUAACUGUGUGCCCAUGAAUAAGUUCUCCUAACCUCAUUAACGUUCUUUUGGUGAUAGUGCAUUUAUGACCUCUCAAUCCCAACUCACUUCUGCCAGAAAUAGGUGUUCUCGAUUUAUCUUCACAACAAGUCAUAUUUAUAUAGCACCUUCAACAUCAUAAACCUCCCAAGGCGCUUUACAGAAGCAUUCUAAAGCAAAAACUUUCCCUAAGAACUUUAAGAUAUUCUCUUCAUCUUCUUUGUUAUAUUGAUAAGAGCCUAAUUAUUCUGGUCUGUCUUCACUAAUGCCUCUUGUGAGUGGUAUCCUAACUAGUAACUCUCUUCCAAACAUUCAACAUGGCCUUAACAGAUUUCCUUAAAAACAACCACAAACUGGACACAGUCUCCUAAUUGCAGUGUAGCCAAUGAUUUAUCUCGAUUUUGGCUUUUCCAUUUGCUUUUGUACCCUAAAACAAAAAUUUCAACAUCUGCUUUUUAAGAAUUAAGUUUUAUCAAUUUACCCUCCCACUGUCACAUUUUUGAGUCUUAACCCCAAAACCUCUCCACUUCCUGACUAUUUUUGAAGUCUUAUUGUCUGGUACAAAAUGUUCUCUCUUCUUCUUCCUUCUAAAAUGUAUUGCCUCAUAGCUCUCCAAAUUAACUUGUAUCUAACAUUUUUGUGUCCAAACUCCUAACAUUACAGUAUAAUCUUUAGAGUCACGUAUAGUUUGUUUCCAUUUUUAUUUUCCUUCUUAAUUCUGAAAUUUUAGACCACAACUUGGGAAGGUACAAAAAAUCAAUACAAAUCCCUAGCUUUUAUGAAUUUCUAAAUUAUAUUCCACACCAAUAGUUGAACAAUACUGUGUAUAUAUCUUGUACAAAAGCUUUGACCAGAAAACUGUUACAGUAUGUAAUUAGAAUGUAAAGAUCAUUGCAUUAUAUUCCUUUUAAACUAUUGUUGGAAAUAUAAUGUUCAGUUCUUUUUUUAAAUCAAUCUUAAGGUAAAGAAAAAAUAUGGAUCAUCUGUGACCUAAUUGAAUGUUGGAACAGGCUCAAGGGGCUGAGUUACAUUCUCCUGUUCCUAUUUUCCUUAUUCCCAAAUUGGUCUUUUAAAUGUUCUGCUACAACUUCUAACAUCAGACAUUUAAACUUUUGUUAUCGGUAUCUAAAAAUUUGUAGAACUUCACAAAACUUUGUAUUGUAUUUAAAAAUAAAUAUCAACCAUACCAUGAGAUCAUCCUCUAUCACAGAGAGAGAAAGCACAGAGACAUGUAAUCUCCAUGUGUUUCUUAAGAGGAGACUCAACAUUUCUAAUGUGGAAAAUGUCUUUGUAAUUUUGUACAAAAAACAUACCUAAAAUUAAAUUCACAUUUUAAAAUGU